AUGCCACCCAUAGUAAUUGAUGGGAAAACCACCAACCCUAAAAACCUAAUACAGGACAUUAAAGCUAUUGCCAAAGGUAGUUUCAGUAUAAAGCAUACAAACUACACAACCGUUCUAUUUAUUGAUGAGAAGGAAGAUCACGAAAAAGUUCUAGCCAACAUAAAACUAGACAAGAUGCCAUACCACACGUAUACAAAUAACGAGGAUAAAUCCCACGCCUUUGUGUUGAGGGGCUUGUCAGAGGGCACGAAAAUCGCAGACAUAGAACUAGAUAUGGAGGAACAGUACGAAAUCAAAACUAGAGCUAUCUACAAAAUGAAAACUAAAGAUCGUCCUCUAUAUCUAGUGAUUACAGACCCAGCGAUUACGCUGGACUACCUGAAUAGGAAUGCUCGGCGAGUUCUCUACACAAGAGUUGUGUGGGAUAUAAGAAAAUCUGCAAAACAGAUUAUACAGUGUCAUACAUGCCAAGAAAAUUCUUCUAAGGCCACAACGUCAACAAAGAAAACAACGACAGUAGCUGAAAAUAAUAACAAAAGAUCUAUGCCCCCAAUUGUCAUUGAUGGCAAAACAGCGAACCACAAUGUACUUAUCAAAGACAUACAAGGGUUGGUCAAAGGGGACUUCUCGGUAAAACACACGAACUAUACCACCAUACUGUUCGUAGAUAAAAAAGAAGACCACGCUAAUAUAAUCACAAAUAUGAAAAAUGAGAAGCUACCGUACCACACUUACACGGCUAGGGACGACAAGACCCACGCCUUCGUAUUACGGGGACUUGGAGACGGGACAAAAAUAAACGACCUGAAAGAGAACCUAGAGGAUGAUCACGAAAUCCUAGCGAGGGAAAUUUACCAAAUGAGAACCAAGGAACGUCCCCUAUUCCUUAUUGGUACUCCAUACAAGAGUUACGUGGGAGCUCAGAAAAACGACAAAGCAGAUAAUCCAGUGUCACCAAUGCCAACAGUUGGGACAUGCGACAGCCAAUUGCGGUAG